AUGAAGUCUGAACCCGAGCAAGAGAAAAGGCGGGAGGAAGAGGUUGAUAAUGAUGAAAAGAUCAGCCUCGGAAGAGACGAGGAAUCUCAACGCCCUCCUACCUCUGGAUCGACCUCUAGUAAAUCAGAGCAUCAUAGUCAACAAGACACCAUCGAACCUGUCAUGCUAGGCGAACCCUUGGGUCAUAUAGAUACUCGACCAUCCGUUAAGCGUGCCCAAUCUAGAGCUUCGUCUGCACGAUCAAAGGCUCGCUCUGUUGUUCCUAGAUCACAAAGACGUGAUCUACUUGCAAGAUUCACUUUGGUUCCAGAGAUUGAGUAUCCUCCUGAUUACAAAAACUCGACAAAAUGGUGUCUGACAGCCAUUGUUGCGUUGGCUACUGCUGCCGCGCCUCUAGGAUCUACUGUUGUAUAUCCUGCUCUUCCUGUCCUGGUUGACGAGUUCAACACUACCGAGACAAUCACCAAUCUUUCAGUCGCCCUUUACAUGAUCUCCAUGGCCAUAUUUCCACUCUGGUGGUCCUCCUUCUCUGAGGAAUUUGGCCGUAGGUCUAUCUAUCUCAUCUCUUUUAGUCUAUUCGUCAUCUUUUCCAUACUCUCAGCCAUUAGCAAGAACAUCACCAUGCUCAUCAUCUUCCGUAUGUGUGCCGGUGGUGCCUCUGCAAGCGCCCACUCCACAGGUGCAGGUUCCAUAGCCGACCUGUUCGAGGUCCAUGAGCGUGGAAAAGCCAUGAGCAUCUUCUACCUUGGUCCUCUCCUGGGACCCAUGAUAGCCCCUGUCAUUGGUGGUGCGCUAACACAGGAGAUCGGGUGGCAGGCAACCAUGUGGUUUCUUGCCAUCUACGGGCUUGUCGUGCUCCUCAUGAUUCUAUUCUUUUUACCAGAGACGUUGCAACGCAAGCCUGAAGCUGUCUUGCCAAUUGCAGACACUCAAGAGCUUAGUCGAAUGCGUACCAUGGAUUCUGCAAAAGUAAAGACCAAGAAUUUCGCCAAGUCUGCAAAAAGAUUCCUCAUCGAUCCUCUUGGAGUUCUUCUCUAUCUUCGCUUUCCGCCUGUUCUCAUCACAGUGCUCCUCGCCGCCAUUGCUUUCGGAUCCCUCUACGUUGUCAAUAUUGCCAUCCAGCAGAAAUUCUCCCGCGAACCGUACAACUUUGGUCAACUUUCUAUCGGUCUCAUGUAUAUUCCUGGAGGGUUGGGCUAUAUCGUUGGCUCUUUAUCUGGUGGACGCUGGAUCGACAAGAUUAUGGCCAGAGAGGCUCGUAAAGCUGGUCGCUACGAUGAGAACGGGAAGUUAAUAUAUCUCCCUGAAGAUCGCAUGAGGGAGAACGCUUGGGUCAUGACAACCAUGUACCCGCUCGCGUUGCUAAUGUUUGGUUGGGUUCUUCGAUACGGUUUACAUCCCGCGGUCCCAAGUGUUGCCCUCUUCUUGUUCGGAAUUUCCUCCAUGCUUGUUUUUUCUGUUGCCACAACCAUGCUUACAGAACUCAUACGCAAACGAAGUUCUUCGGGUGUCGCAGUUAACAACUUUGUUCGCAAUACACUCAGUUGUAUCGGAGCCAUUGUUGCUGCUCCAUGGAUCAAUGCCAUUGGUACUGGUUAUAUCAGUAUCAUUCUGCUAAGAAAGAAUGCCACCAAGUGGAGGAAGACUAUGGAUAAGGCACUGGGUCAAUAA